UACCGUAAACAACAACGAAGCAUUCCGCCACUUUUCGGCGGGCUUGAUUUCUCUCGCAGCCGGUGUGAGUUGCGAUUUAGUUUUGUGGUGUGCAUCGAUGCUGGAGAAGUCGGGUUGCGCUGAUGCUGAUUUGAGACAUUAUCUGGUGAGACUAGUCCUAGAAUGAACACAACUCUAAAACCAGUACUCACAACAUCUGGUCCCCAGUCAGCUCAAGUCGCCGCCCAAUUGAACAAGCCAAUGCAUCCGCAAGGAGGAGCUCCGGCGACCUACGGCCAACCGCCCUCCUCUCACAUGCCCCAGAACCUGGUCAAUUUACCCCACAACACGAACGCGGCCCAUACUCAUCCAAACGCGUCCCAGAAUCACUAUUCCCUAAAUGUGCCCAACAAUUCGUCGUACAAUUCCGGCAUACCGGCCAGCAAUCACCCGGUAGCGAACGUGCCCUCUUCCGCUACCGCCGGACAAGUGUACAAUGCGCCGAAGGCUCCACCGUUCUCGGGAGGAUAUCAACCGAAUCUCGGACAUCCUCCAAAUCAAAAUGCGCUACCUCCGGUUAGCCAGACUUUACCCGCCACCACACAAGCCCAACAACCACAAGCGGCGGCCAGCGCACCGGCAGAGGCGGCGACAGCGUCCGCAUCGCCGGAAAAGCCACAGUCCAACGGAACAACCGAGGCGAAGUCGCCUGUCAAAGCGGACGCACCGCCUGGCAACCACGUGACGCCUCCGAAGGAAAAAACGCCCGCUCCUCCACAAGUACCUCAGAACUCGUCCAGUUCGCCGGAAAAACCCGCUGCCGAUAAACCAGCACAAGCAGCACCGGCACCAUCAUCGGUUCCCUCUGAGCCGCCAAAACCAGCACAACAACCACCAGCGGCGUCCUCCGCUCCAGAACCCGCCGCCAAAACGCCAGAAGAGGCCAAGGCACCCGCUCCUGCUGCACCGGCACCCGCGGAAUCUCCCGCAGCGUCCGCUAGUGAGAAGAGUGCGGCCGCUGAAGCCGGAGCCCUUGCGGAAAAGAAGGAACUGGUGAAGGUUGCCGAAAAAAAGGUGGAAGAGAAAGCAGAAAAGAAAGAGGACAACGUUGAUGGAGAGGCUGAAAAGGUCGUCGACGAAAAGGUGGAUGAAUCGUCGGAAACGGACGGAAGCGAGAAGACGGAUGGUGACACAGAGGAGGAGGCUGCACCUGCCAAGUUCGCUGAACAGACGUCUCCCACCAACAAAACAAGUCCAGCCAAGACCACAUCACCAUCAGCCACGACGCCUAGAACGCCAACGCGAAAGACCAAACCAUCUGCGGCCAAAACGGAAGGUGAACCUUCUCCUAAAACUCCACGAAACGACAAAUCACCAGUACAAAAACUUACCACUACCGGCAAACUUAAGCGACAGAGGACUAGGACGCAGCCCUACCAAAGUCCUCUGCCUGAAUUGGAAAUUAUAUCCAAAAUGAGUUCAACUCCCAACAGAAAUAAUGAUGAAAAGUUAAUUGUAUUCUACAAAAAUGAAUUCUUAGCUGUUAGAAAUUCAGAAGGAACCUUUUAUGUAUGCCAAGCAGUACAAAAUAUAUACAAGUCAUCAUCAAAAAUUAAAAUUCGUUGGCUAUCGCAGGAUACCAGUGACAAAUCUGGGGAGAUUUAUACUCCUGAUUUUUAUGACUUGACAGAUUUUGAUUGUAUAUUGACUAAUUUAAAUCUGACUAGAGUGGAUAAGGGCAAAUAUAGGUUGCCCAAUGCCGAAAAAGAGAGAACAGAUAGUAUUUUAAACAGAUCUCUAGCCGUUGAAAAGGGCGAAGACGUUUUGGAAGAAUCUUUCACAGAAGAGCAUCCAGAUGGUUUGGAUAUUUCUCUGUACAAAGAGGAGAGCCAGUUAAACAAGCGAAAGGGCACGAAACGUAAAGCGUCCUCAGCCGCGAAAGCUGCUAAAAAAUCCACCGCCACUAAAAAAACUCCCGACGCCCCGAAAGUCCGCAAAGUUGCUUCCAGUAAAGUGAGCGGCGGCAAGAGGAAGACGGGUAAGAAGUCUGCCGGUGCUAAAGCGACGGAUGUGAAAAAAGCUGCAUCAGCGACGGCGACAGCGACAACGUCACAGGCUACGCCAUCGACCAGCUCCACCAACAGGGCGAACAGAGCCGCAAAACGACGAAGCGAUAAUGUCAAGACAAGUCCUGUGGUUGAUCAGAAGAAGGCGAGAGUUCUCGCUAAAGUGGCGAGAAAGAAUGCCGUUCCCGCAGAGACACCGUCGACCGCUAAGAGUAAAGCAGUCGCUGCUAAAAAUUCAAAAAAUUCCAAACCUGCCGCAGCAACUUCCUCAAAACCGACAAAAACAGCGGCGCCAAAAUCAACAGCGGUAGUUUCGACGAGGAAGACCAAGAGGUCGGCUAAAAAAUAACUCAAAUCCAAUUACUAAUUAGGUAUUUCAUAUUUGAUUGUGUAUAUUUUUUAUAUUUUUAAUUAAUACUUUAGCAAUCUUUAUUUUGUAUUCGUUUGUUCAACUGAUAAUUCGACCGUUUGUGAAAUGGUGUUGAUAAUCCGUGAACAAAUUUGUUUAUGGCAUAUAGAACAACUUCAAUUCACACUUUAAUAUGUAUAUUAAUGUACGUAUUUUAAAUAUGUACUGUAUGUAGAAACCAUACCUGGCCUUAAAAAAUAAAGUUAAUUGAAGCGUGUAUUGGAUUUGUUCUUUGUUAUAUUGCAAUGUUUAUAGCUAUAAAUAAAUAUAUUAUUGGCCAUUUUGAUAAUGGACACAGAGACGAUUGAACGAUUCAAAUUGUAUAAAUCUGCUGCAUUGAUAUAUACAUAUAUUUUGUCUUAUUAUUUAUUCAAUUGUUACAAAGAAUAUAUUUUUCACUUUAAGAAUAUUGUCAUGUCAUAUUUUGUCCCAGUAAGAUACCGUAUCAUCAAAACUUAAGUUCAUUUAAAAAAUUUGGCAAAAUAUACGUGCAAUUACCUUAAUUCUUAAUUUUAGCAUUUUCACUUUAUUUAAAAAAUUUGAUUUGAUUUGCUAGUAAAAAUGGAUUUGAAAUCUAUUUUUCAUGGUCAGGCCCCAAGAAAAAUGCAUUGACAAAUUUUUUGACAAAGUAUAUAAUAACCAAUUUUUCUUUUAAAUAUUUGAUAUUAUUUCAGAUUGUAAGUAGAAUCGACAUGCUUGUAGCUUAUUCCUUUGUUCUAUAAGAAGUUUGUAAGAAGUCAUAUCAUACUUUUUAAUUUAGAAACACUUUAGCAUGCUCUUUUUGAUGAUGCAGUAUUUUUUUUGAGCGAUAGUUGUCUAUUGAAGACGAAAGCGAAAACAGCGAACGAAUAGUGGAGUGGAUAUGCCACGCAAAACGAAAAAUGUUGGGAGUCAAAAUGGAAUGCCAUAAAUGCUUUUUUCCUACAAGAGGCAUAUUUGUCUUUUGAAGUUUAAAUGUUCAUAAAGUCAAUGCAUAAGGUUUACAAAUACUGUGAGAUAUUUCAUAUAAAACAAAUAUUAAAUAUUAUUAACAUUUAUAAUAUUAAUCUUUAUUUUCAUUUUAUUUUUAUAUUCUUAUUAUUAUUAUAAGUUUUAAUAAUAUUUAAUUUAUUAAUAACUCAAUCAGUUUGUGUACUAUUAAUACAGACUGGUUGCAGUAUUGGAAAUAUUUAAUUGACCAUAAUGUAUGAAAUUUCUCAAACUUGCUCUCAAAAUUUUGCCAGAGAAACCUGUAUGUUUUGAAUAAUAUUUUUUGUACUAGCACUAGUAUUAACAUUAUGUUUUAUGUAAGUAAUUCAUUUUGUUGUAUAUUUAAAAGCUCCACUUAGAUGUAAAGUGAUUUGAGCAUACAAUAUAUAGAUUGAAUCUAUAAAUUUAUCGUUUCAAUAAAAUUUAAAUUAUAGAUAAUGACACAAAAUCGAAGAGUAUAUGACCAAGAUAAUAUAUUUCUCUAAAAAUGACAGAUAAGAGCACACAGAACUUGAUUUCCUUCUUAGAAUGUAGUUAAUGUAUGUGUUGUGCUUAAAAGUUAGGAAUUAAGGAAUCGUAAGGAAUGGAUGUUGAUUUGUAGUUUUGUGAACUGUCGAAAUUUUGAUCUGAAAAGUUAGGAAUCUGGAUUCUAUUAUUUAUAAAAUUAUGAAUGGUUUUUUUCAAUAAAAUAUAAAGAAAUUA